UUUGUUGUAGAUUUAUAUGGCGUCGAUUGACGAGAGUUAUGACAGCCAUAACUUCGCUAUGUUCUUAAACACUUUGACCCCGAAAUUCUAUGUCGCUCUCACGGGAACUUCAUCAUUGAUUUCGGGUCUCAUUCUGAUUUUCGAGUGGUGGUAUUUCAAACGAUAUGGGACUUCAUUCAUCGAACAGAUGUCGCUUACUCAUGUGGCACCGUGGCUAGGCGGCGAUGUUGUCCCAGACGACCAAUCUGCGGCUGGAGGAUCGGGAUCAGAAGCAGAGGGUAGCAGUUUUGGUGGAGGGGGAGGGAAUAAUAAUGCAAUACCUGCUCCCGCUUUACAAGAGUGUAAAGUGUGGCGGAACCCUCUGAACUUACUUCGUGGAGCUGAGUACAAUCGAUACACGUGGGUCACAGGAAGAGAUCCCCUGACGUACUACGACAUGAAUCUAUCAGCGCAAGACCAUCAGACAUAUUUCACAUGUGACAGCGAUGUAUCGAGUAAUGGCAGACCUGGAGAUAAGUUAAUGUACAGUGCGUGGCGUGAAGUUAGUCAGGAUGUGAGGAUCAAAACUGCCCAAGACGCUCUCAUGCAACAGCCAGACUGCGUUACAGCACAGAUUUUACUAGCGGAAGAGGAAGCGUGUACUAUUCUGGAUGCGGAGAAGUUAUUCAAAGAAGCACACAUCAAUGCAGAACAGAACUUCAAGAAAUCUAGUAUAUACGCGCACACACCCGAGUACGAAGCAAUCAACAGAAGAGACUUGAAUGUGUUGGUGUACAUUAAGAGACGGCUGGGCAUGUGUGCUAGAAAACUAGGCAAGACGAAGGAAGCGGCCAAAGUGUUCAAGGAUCUGAUGAAGGAACACACGAGUAUCCUGAACAUACACGAGAACUACAUAGACUGUCUACUAGAGCUCAAUAACUACGGCGACUGUCUUAGUAUACUCACAAAAUACGACGACAUCUCGUUGCCGAAGUCAGCCACAAUCUGUUAUACGUCAGCAUUACUUAAAUCUAGACAGGUCGCAGACAAGUUUUCUCCUGAAGUAGCUUCGAAGCGUGGUCUGAACCAGAGCGAGCUGCAGGCAGUAGACGCCAUUCACAGAGCAGUGGAGUUCAACCCCCACGUGCCCAAGUAUCUUCUGGAGACGAAGCCCCUCAUCCUGCCCCCCGAACACAUUCUGAAGAGGGGGGACUCCGAGGCCAUAGCUUACGCCUUCUUCCACCUCAGACACUGGAAGAGAGUGGAGGGCGCACUCAAUCUACUGCACUGCACGUGGGAGGGAACGUUUCGUAUGAUCCCCUACCCACUGGAGAAGGGCCAUCUGUUCUACCCGUACCCCUCGUGCACAGAGACGGCAGACAGGGAGCUGUUGCCCCACUUUCACCCUCUGUCAGUGUACCCGAAGAAGGAGCUGCCCUUCUUCAUCGUGUUCACGGCUGCUCUGUGCACCAUUACAGCUGCACUCGCAUUCCUAACCCACCAGUACCCACAGAACAUGGGCGCCGCAGCAUCAGUAUUCUUCUCAGCAAUCGCUUCUCCUUUCUCUUACAUGGCAAUGAAGUUGGAGCCAUUCUUCCCCACCUCUCUUCUGCAAUUCAAAAUGGUCUGACUUCAUCAUUUCAUUAUCUCAAUCUCCCCCUUUCCCCAUCUCUCUCUCUCCUUAUUACACAACACCGACAGACCACAAGACACAAUUCAAAACUACAACACAAUUUACUCUCAAUGUCAGACACCUAAAAUGGGAAACCAAAGUGGCAACGGAAUGGAAUCUAUAUUUUGCAAUCCCAACUGUUCAUUGAAGAGGGUUUAAAAAGUUUGAAACUGCAAAGACUCAGUUCUUUGUCUCUAAUAUUCAAUUUGAAAACUGCUGAUAAAACUGUUCUAUCUCAAAAUUCCAUCAAAAUCCACUGCAGAUUUAAUAUACAAAUAGUUGAAUUUGUUAUAAUAUUUGGUAAUGAUAUAACUAAUAAUAAUAGUGAAAAUAGAUGCAAUGUGACUGUUGUGCUGGCCUGCUCCUCCCUUUAUUACUCUGCUGAGCUGUGCUAGUUUCAAUUUUGUCGUUAGUGAAAAGUUGUUGCUGAUAUUGUGGAUGAUAAGUUAGCUGGUGUGAUGUUAUUGUAACUGAAUUUGAGCCGUUUAGUUUGC